UGCCACCUGUCAAUGUCCAUCUAUGCCACCUGUCAGUGCCCAUCAGUGCCAUAUCAGUGCCUACCAGUGCACAUCAAUGCCACAUAUCAGUGCCCAUCUGAGCUGCUUUUCAUUGCCAACUAUCAAUGCCAGUCAGUGCCACCUAUCAGUGCUGCCAAUCAGUGCCACCUAUCAUCAGUGCCGCCUAUCAGUGCGCAUCAGUGCUGUCUAUCAUUGCCAGUCAGUGCCACCUAUUAGUGCCAGUCCGUGCCGCCUAUCAGUGCUCAUCACUGCAGCCUAUCUGUGCCCAUCACUGCAGCCUCAUUAG